AUGCAAUUGUUAAAGACGACGGGGGUGCCAUUGGCCUUACCCAAGAUCCAACGGCUUUGCGACGAAGGAUGCUUGCUGGACCUGAAAUAUGCCGCCUUCUUCAAGACUUUAAGGGCGUUGAAUCUACUGACGAGCUUCAUCAAACAGUAUCCUGCUUUCCAGAAUAAAUUUCUGCGACAAGUUCGUGCAGUAGAAGCAAGUAUACAAGAGUUUGGCAACCCAUUUCAAGAACAAGCAAAAGAUUUAAUUGUAUUAGAUACAAGGAAUAUAGCAGAUACUGAUAUAGAAAACACAUUAAACAAUUUGGAGAAAAAUGGAAAUGAAUUGUACAGGGAAUUAGUUGAAGAAAGGCUUGUCGAAAAGACGUCUUCUUUUUAA